GGCCCGCCUGGACCGUCCCCGAGCUCGGGGCUCCGGGACUCGGGCUCCUGCCCGACGCCGAGGCGGCUACCCGGUGGAGCGGGGAGCUCGGGGCCUGCCCCGGGUGGCUGUAGGGCUCCGGUGGGUGCCGCUCCCAGAGUGUCAGGCAGCGACGGGCAGCUAAAGCCCUUCUUUUAGGGAGAGAAACCUGGAUCCCGGUGUCCAAGGCAGAGUACAGCCGGUGAGCUGUAUCAGUGGCUUAGAAACCGACCGAGAUGGGGUCCGUCGCCACCGGCAAACUGCUGGGGGGCUGCGGAGCUCCAGGCAGCGCAAGGCCACAUCCCUGGGUGUGGGAAACAGAGCGGGAUUUCCCCCGACUGCGUGCGGGGCUGUGGCUUGUGGAACGGGGGGGUUGAACCGGGGCUCCGUGCUGAUGUCGACCCAUGCCAGGUGAAAGCAGGUUCCUCUGGCCACGGCACAGGUGAGAAACUGGUCCGGUAGGCCUCCCCCAGAAGAGGAACUGGCUCGUGGCAACGGGUGCCUUGCGGAGUGUGGCGUUCCUAGCGAGGUUUGUUUCUGUGCUGGGCCGCGGUGAGAGAAGGAAGCGGCCCCUCUUCUGCCAGUUGGCAGCAGGCUCUGCUCUGGCCUGGGACUGCCACCCUGGCAGGCAGGGCAGCACUUGGAACCAAUCCCUGCCCUGCCUGGGUCUAGCUUCCCGGUGCUGCGCCGCUGGGAAGGAGCCACCUUGGCUGGGGUUUCCCUGGAAGGGGAUCUCUGCUAUGCCUGGGGCAGGAGGGGGUUGGUGGCAAGCCCAGGUGCCAACAUUGCCCACCAGGAGCUGUGGGGCUCCGUGGGACUUUCAGGUGAGGCCGUGGCCACCCCACUGUGGGGCAGGAGAGGUUCUCACCCAUUUUGUUUUCUGCUGUUUGCAGCCCGCCUGUCUGAUGCCGCAUUGGAAGUGGAGGGUGCCGCUAUGGAGCGCCGGGAUGGAGGCCACGCUCUGUAUCCACACGUGCCUUUGGCUGAGCACUGCCUGGAUCCCCCUGGCAUCGUCAGACAGACUGGCCUGUGGUGGGGACCGCGCUCCCAGCACUGAAGCCCGGCAUGUCAAGUUGACCUGGGCUGUCAGCUUGGACGCGCCUGAGGAGGAGCUGGAGCAGCAGGCAGAGGAGCUGGCCCGGACCGCGGGGCUGGUGAACAUGGGCCGCGUCGGGGAGCUCAAGGGCCAUUACCUCUUCACCUACCAGCCUGACGGCCGCGCAGCAAGCGAACCUGAAGCAAUAAGGAGGUCGGUGGACACUUUGUUUGCACAGCAUGACAGCGUGCGGUGGCACUCGGAACAGAAGCUUCUGAAACGUUCCAAACGCAGUCUGCACUUUAACGAUCCCAAAUACCCCCAGCAGUGGCAUCUGAACAACCGCAAGAGCCCCGGGAAGGACAUCAACGUCACGGGCGUCUGGGAGCGGAACGUGACGGGGCGCGGUGUGACGGUGGUGGUGGUGGAUGACGGUGUGGAGCACACCAUCAAAGACAUAGAGCCAAAUUAUAGCCCAGAAGGCAGCUAUGACUUGAACUCCAACGAUCCUGACCCUAUGCCUCACCCUGAUGAGGAAAACGGCAACCACCAUGGGACCCGCUGCGCCGGGGAGAUUGCUGCCGUGCCAAACAACAGCUUCUGCACGGUGGGGGUUGCCUAUGGGAGCCGCAUUGCAGGAAUCCGAGUGCUGGAUGGGCCCCUCACCGAUAGCAUGGAGGCCAUUGCCUUCAACAAGCACUAUCAGAUCAACGACAUCUACAGCUGCAGCUGGGGUCCAGAUGACGAUGGGAAAACUGUGGAUGGCCCCCAUCAACUGGGAAAGGCCGCCCUGCAGCAUGGCGUGAUAGCGGGUCGCAGGGGCUUUGGGAGCAUUUUUGUCGUGGCCAGUGGCAAUGGCGGGCAACACAGUGACAACUGCAACUAUGACGGUUACGCCAACUCCAUCUACACUGUCACAAUAGGUGCAGUGGACGAGACGGGCUCCAUGCCGUUCUAUGCCGAGGAGUGUGCCUCCAUGCUAGCGGUGACCUUCAGUGGCGGGGACAAGAUGAUGAGGAGCAUUGUGACAACAGACUGGGAUUUGCAGAAGGGCACGGGCUGCACGGAGGGCCACACGGGGACGUCAGCUGCCGCCCCUCUUGCAGCCGGGAUGAUUGCGUUGAUGCUGCAGGUGCGGCCAUGUCUCACCUGGCGAGACGUCCAGCACAUCAUUGUCUUCACUGCCACCAAGUACGAGGAUCGCCACGCGAAGUGGGACAUCAACCAGGCCGGCUUCAGCCAUAGCCAUCAGCAUGGCUUUGGCUUGCUGAAUGCCUGGAGGCUGGUGAACGCUGCCAAGAUCUGGGAGUCCGUCCCAUACCUUGCCUCAUAUGUGAGCCCUGCACUGAAGGAGGGCAGGAGCAUCCCGUUACUCCCACAGGAGCUGGAGGUCACCUGGAAUGUCACCACCGCUGACCUGGAGCUCUCUGGCAUGAGAACCCUGGAGCACGUGGCAGUCACCGUCACCAUAACCCACCCCCGCCGCGGCAACCUGGAGAUCAGGCUCUUCUGCCCCAGCGGCAUGAUGUCCCUGAUAGGGACCACCAGGAGCAUGGACUCGGACCCCAAUGGCUUUGCUGACUGGACCUUCUCCACGGUCCGGUGUUGGGGCGAGGAAGCACAGGGCACGUACAGACUGGUCAUCAGGGACAUCGGAGAUGAGAGCCUAAGGCCUGGGACCUUGAAGCAGUGGCAGCUGACCCUGUACGGCUCCUCCUGGUCCCCAGCAGAGAUGAAGGAACGGCAGAGGCUGCUGGAGGAAGCCAUGAGUGGGCAGUACCUGAGCAGCGACUUCUCCCUGCCCUGCCCUCCGGGGCUGGAGAUCCCCGAGGAGCAGCACUACACAAUCACAGCCAACACCCUCAAGACCCUCCUGCUGUUGGGCUGCUUUGCCGUGUUCUGGACUUUCUACUACAUGCUGGAGGUUUGCCUGACCAGGAACAAUGUGGGGCUUGACCUGACCUGCAAUGGCUCUACCACCUGCAAAUGGUACCAGCAGGGAGGGAAGCACAGAGCCCUGGAGAGCGGCCUGGAGAUGGAGUCUGUGCCACUCUACCAGGAGAAGGACAUCGAGGAUGUCGAGAUGGAGUGUGAGCACCCAGAGCCUGCCCGGGAGGGUGAGGGGGACGAGGGAUCCUGGACCCCCACCCACCCCAGACUUCCCAGCAGCAGCAGAGCCGCCAGCUUUCACGAGGCGGCCGCCGCUGGAGCGGGGUACCUUGGCCGGGAGGCAACAGCCGAGCUCCUCUCAGAGGACAGGGAGCGCCAGACGUGCUAGCUGGGGCUGGGGGUUCAGGCUGCAUCCCUCCCUCUCGCUACGUCCUAACCAAGCAUGGGCAGCAGCGACUUCCUGAGCCACCAGGGACGCUUGCCCUUGUGUCCUGCAGAAGGUGGUGUUGGAAGUGGCUCAGAAACAAGGAGUAAGAGUGCUGGCAGUGGAAGGGGAGCUUCCCUUUCCCUCGCUCUGGAAAACAAAGCAAGCCUUAAACCCACACUGAACGGAGCCUGCCCUGCAGUGACACUUGGGGCUUCCCUUUGUGCGUGGAGCAAGGCCUCAUGAAGACGCCUCCUGGGUGCGUGGUGGCCAUGGCGGGGCUCUGCACAGAGCCCUGUGCCCGCCACGGCCCCCACAGCCUUGCAGCAUGAGGAAGAACUGUUGCUUUCUCCCUCAUUUCUGCAGAGUGAGCCUGGAAAACGUGGCAGGGCCCCUGGCAGCCACCUCUGCAGGCAGGGACCCCACAACACUGUCAUUCGCCUGCCCUGCUGGGCUAGCAGCUGGCCAGUACCGACCAGUUACGCCCAGCUUCAAAGCGGGGAGCCAUUUUGCCAAUCUCCGACCCACGCUUGCUCCCUGUCCCCUGUGCUCUGAUCCACCACCUUCUCCUCCUCUCCCGCCAGCACACGAGCAGCCCUGCGGUCGGGGAGUCAGAAGGCAGUGGGGCUUUCUUGACCACCCUGCUCAGGACGGGCAGGACGGGGCUGUCCCUGCUGCGGUGGGCGCAAAAGGUGGCAACUCAAGCUUGCCACAGGUAUCGUGGCAGCAUGAGCUCACUGCAGUCGCUUCCCUGGGUCUGCCUCCCCACCGCUUGCUGAGGCCUUGGUCGGUGCCCAGGAGGGAUGAGGCCAUGGGUGAUGCCGGGUUUGGGCCAGGCAGAGGAGGUUGAGUUGCUCUGGCAGCGGCUCAUCUGCGAGCAGGGUUGGCUUGUUUGUGUGUCCUUGGGUUCCUUGGUUUAUUUUUUUAAA